AACCUGGUUCGGGAGCGCGCAGAUGUAGAAAGCACGUGGUCUUUCCUAAACCCUGCGGGCGCUCAACUUCCUCUCAAAUUUUGUGAAGUUUUUUGUUUCUCCGGUUACAGUGUGCCAGUGCGCAAGACAGAGAACAUCCUCACUUCAGCACUUUCCCAACUUUCUUUACUUUGAGGUAAAGUGCAAGUUGGGCACAAUUCGCAACUUACUUUGGAAUACGAGUUUCUUGAUUUCGUCAACUUUAUACACUAACUGAAACUCAGCCCUUGAACAUUUCACUAAGGUCAACAAAGAGGGUUCCCCAUCACCAUUGUUCCAGAUGGACAUGUGAAGUUAUCACAUUUUUGCAGGUUUGGUGUCCGACGGUAUUAAUCGGUCGAAGUGCAGUGGCGCACAAUUGAAAUUUUGAGCCAAUGCAAUUAUUGCAAUGCAGUGGAUGUGACUUCAAACGUCGGCUUCGUUUAGCAACUCUUCAGUAUUGUUGAACACAAUGAAAGACGAUUUUGCUGAUGAGGAGGAGGUGCAGUCCUUUGGCUACAAGAGGUUUGGCAUCCAAGAAGGCACAGAAUGCACCAAGUGUAAGAAUGACUGGGCCUUGAGAGCUGCGAUCGCACUCCUGUAUGUACUGUGUGCCCUGCUCACCAUAGCAGUGGCUGUUCUUGGAUACAAAGUGGUUCAGCGGAUGGACAACGUGUCAGAAGGCAUGCAGAACUAUGGAGGCAAGAUCAUUGCCGUGGAGACAGACUUGAAGAAGCUUGACGACCAGACAGAAGAAAAGUCAGAGAACGCGACCACUCAGAUUCAGUUCUUUAAGUCAAACCUCCAGACGCUGCAGAGACAGCUCAAUGACAUCGCCCAGCGGGCUGCCACCAACCAGGCAGUCCUGGACCAGCUCCAGGUGACGGGAGAGGACAUGCAGAGCGGCCACAUCUCCUUGCAGAGCGUGCUGGAUGGUAACGCGGCCUCCCUGAGGGGGGUCAACCAAACCUUAGCCUUGUACGGAGGCCAGAUAGAUGGCUUACAGUCGGACACGGCCAGGCUUCAGACUGAGCUCCAGAAGCAGGUGAAAGAGCAGGGCCAGGCCCAGCUUAGCAUCAGCGCCCUGAACUUCACCCAGGCCCAGCAGCGGAGCCUCCUCAGCGCCCUCCAGAGGACGGUGGAGGACGCCAGCCAGGCGGUGCAGAAGCUGAAGAAUGACUACCAGGGCCUGCAGCAGACUGCCCGGCAGAGCCGGGCCGACAGCGACUGGCUGAGGGAGAAGGUACAGAACCUCCAGGUCCUAACCGCCAACAACUCGGCGCUGGCGCGGGCCAACGGGGAGGCCCUGGAAGACAUGGGCUCCCAGCUCAACUCGUUAGCGGGGCAGACCCAGAACGCCUCGGCGCUGACCGAGAACCACGACCAGAGCCUCCGCGUGCUGAUGGACCGCCAGCGGGACCAUGACAACGCCACCUCGAGCCGGUUCGACGAGGCGGAGGCGCGUCUCGACCGCCAAGAGGGUCACAUGGACCAGGUGACGGGGAACGUGAGCUUCGCCACGCAGCUGCUCGGUGCCAUCAGCUCGGACCUGAACGGCCUGCGGUCGUGCGCCGAGACGGUGACCCACCACUCGGACCUACUGCUGGGGCUGAACGGGAGCGUGGCGGAGGCCAGGGCAGACAGCGCUGACAUCAGGGCCCAGCAGGAUGAGCUGACAGCCAGGCUGGACAAGGAGGUCAGCAGCCUCUCUGUGGUCAUGGAGGAGAUGAAGCUGGUGGAUAGUAAACACUCGCAGAUCAUCACUAACUUCACCAUCUUACAGGGUCCCCCUGGUCCGAGAGGCAUCAGAGGAGACAAGGGCCCACAGGGCCCGGUGGGUCAACAGGGUCAGAAGGGCGAAAGAGGAGAUAAGGGGAUCGCAGGGGUGCCGGGACCUAAGGGAGAGAAAGGUUCUGCAGGACCUCCAGGGGUCCCAGGGAUGAAGGGUGUACCAGGUGCUCGGGGAGUCCCCGGUGCCAAAGGGUCCAGGGGCUCAGGGGGUCGGGCAGGGACCCCUGGAGAUAAGGGAGAGCCUGGAGCUUCGGGGCUCAUAGGCAGAGAUGGUCAGCCUGGACCUCAGGGAGCACAGGGGCCUCAGGGGCCCAGGGGGCUAGCUGGGGUCCCGGGCAUUGAGGGUCCUCGUGGGCUUGUUGGCCCCGUUGGCCCCCCUGGUCCUCCAGGGUUACCAGGACUCAAUGGUCAGGUGGUGCCAAUCCCUGUUCCCCCUCCAGAACCGAUGCCCACCGAGUCUAAACAGGUUCAGACAACUGCACCCCCCACCACCGCAUUUGGCUGUCAUUCUAAGUGGCGGGGUUUUGGAGAUCGUUGUUACUACAUCUCUGAUGGAGAGCGGCUCAAUUUCGAAGAGGCGCAGGAGUUCUGUCUUAACUGGACAUCCUCUAUGGUCAUAGUAAACAACGAGGAAGAGCAGGAAUGGUUGAGGACAGGGAUAAAAGGAAAGGGUUACUUCUGGCUGGGCCUGACAGACAAAGAUGAAGAGAACGUGUGGAAAUGGGUUGAUGGAACUCUGCCUACAUUUACGAAGUGGAAGCCAGGCCAGCCUGACAACUGGUCUCACGGCCACGAGCAGGGAGAGGACUGUGCCGGCCUCAUUUACGAAGCCAAAAAAAACUAGGCGGACUCGGUGACAGUCAACAUUUCGGCAAUGCCUCUUUUCACGUCUAAUCCAUUCGAGCAAGAUGUUGAGAAAGCAACCAGUGAGAUGAAUACAGCCGAGGACUGGGGCCUCAUUCUGGACAUCUGUGAUAAGAUAGGACACUCACGCACCGGGCCUAAAGAAUGUCUCCGGUCGAUAAUGAGGAGAGUGAACCACAAGGAUCCUCAUGUGGCCAUGCAGGCACUGACUCUACUGGGCGCCUGCGUUUCAAACUGUGGGAAAAUCUUCCAUUUAGAAGUGUGCUCCAGAGAGUUUGCCAGUGAAGUCAGCAAUGUGUUAAACAAGGGUCAUCCCAAAGUGUGUGAGAAGCUGAAGGCCCUGAUGGUGGAGUGGGCGGAGGACUUCCGCAACGACCCCCAGCUCAGCCUCAUCUCAGCCAUGAUCAAAAACCUGAGGGAGCAGGGAGUCACCUUCCCUGCCGUGGGCUCCCAGGCUGCAGAGCAGGCCAAAGCCAGCCCUGCGUUAGUAGCUAAAGAUCCCUCCACCUCAACCAACAAAAAGGAGGAAGAGGACCUGGCCAAAGCUAUUGAGUUGUCGUUGAAGGAGCAGAGGCUGCAGCCUCACACGGCCCUGUCGAGCCUCUACCCCAGCGCCUCCAGCCUCCUGUCCUCCCAGAAGGCCGAGGGGAGGAAGGUGCGCGCCAUCUACGACUUUGAAGCCGCCGAGGACAACGAGCUCACCUUCAAAUCAGGCGAGAUCAUCACCAUCCUGGAUGACAGUGACCCCAACUGGUGGAAGGGGGAAACAUACCAGGGCAUUGGGCUGUUCCCCUCAAACUUUGUCACUGCUGACCUCACUGCCGAGCCUGAGAUGAUGAAGACAGAGAAGAAGACAGUCCAGUUCAGUGAGGACAUCCAGGUGGAGACCAUAGAGCCUGAACCUGAGCCUGCCUUCAUAGAUGAGGAGAAGAUGGACCAGCUCCUGCAGAUGAUUCAGAGUGCUGACCCCACAGAUAACCAAUCGGACGCCUGUGAGCUCCUCCAGCUGGAAGGUGCUUGCAACCAGAUGGGACCCCUCAUUGACCAGAAGCUGGAGGACAUCGACAGGAAGCACUCGGAGCUGUCAGACCUGAAUGUGAAGGUGAUGGAGGCCAUGUCUCUGUACGCCAAGCUGAUGAACGAGGACCCUGUCUACACCAUGUAUGCUAAGCUCCAGAGCCAGCAGUAUUACAUGCAGCAGCAGCAGCAGCCUGCCAACGCAGCCCCGCAGGUGUACGCGGGCCAGUCUGCGGGGGGCUCGUAUGCUCUGAGUGGCCCAGCGGUGCAGGGCUAUGCUGUGCCCCUGGAGCAGCUCCAGGGAGGAGCCCCCAUGGCAGGACAGCCUGCUCCCAGUGAUGUCCACAUGUACAUGGGCCAGCCCCCCGUCUACAGUCCAGGCCCUGGCAGCAUGGCACCCGCAGACCUCCAGUCCUACCAGAACACAGCCAACGUUCCCGUAGGCCUGACCCAGGGCCAGGCCAGCUACAGCGGGCCGGCCGGCCACAACCUGCCCCCGCCCCUGGCAGACAACCACCAGAACCCCUACCCAGAGAAAACCCUGCUAUAGGAGCGCCCCCUGGAGGUCAACCCGGCCACACACACCUAAACACACACACAUACUUAGUUGGCAUCGUACAUACAGGACACACAGCAUCUACAGCCACACACAGCUACUGUUACACACAUCCACACACACACAUGCACACAGGAUGUACAGAUUCAACACACACAUACUACAUACGACAGGUUCUGCACAGAUUGACACAAAUGUGGGUUCAGACCAAACAAAGUUCUCAAGAUUCAACGUUGUCCCCUUCACACACUCUAAACCCAAACAAUGGAAGGGCCCUUGGUUAUACCCAAGCAUUCCCAAGCCAAGACAAAAACAGGUUUCCCGCCUCUCACACAUUUCAUUCUUGGUAGUUUUUUUUUUCUUCACUAAAGGACACUACUUUUGUUGAGUGAAGCUGAAGACAUUACAUCGCGUCAUUCGGCGCAACUGUCGCGUUGUUUUAGAAGUACUGAAGACUGAAGCCACUUUCCGAAGAAGAGAACUGAAGAACUGGAGCAUGCACACGUUGUAAAUACUGUACUGUACUGUUAGUGAGGCCCACUAACGUCCUUGUGGUCUAGUGUUUGACAGUAGAGGGCCUGCAGGGUUUAGCUGAAACAGAUUCUUUGUUUAAAUGGUCUUAAGUCUCCCACCUUCCUGCCUUAGUGUGCUCUUGAUUGACAGGGAAGCGUGAGGCAGGCGCAGCAUGGGUGACCAGGAGGGAGGGUCGUCACACUGUUGUCACGGCUCGUUCCUCAGGUGGAGGAAGGCAAAUUCUUCCUCCACCUGAGGUGAAAGGCAGCCCUGUCUCCAAGUGUUACACGAUAGAGACCCUCUCACUCUGGCGCCGCACUACCAAACACUCACCUGGACCAGCAUCUGAAACGUUAAGCCAGGUGUGGGCGUUGGAAAGAAGAAAGGGUCAAUAGAAACGAUAAUGAGAAUACCUGCGCACUGGGAUGAGGCCCCUGGUCAAAUUAAAGCUAAUGAUAAACUAAAGAAGGCAGCACUAUAUCUGGGCAUGUUUUUCUUUUUAGUUUUGGAAUACUAUCAAACACUACCGUUGUCAUGGUGAUGUUAGGCUGGCCGUUCAAAUGCUCCUGAAGUUUCUGAAGCAUAUCUUAAGUCAGUGUUAAAAUGAGUUUAUUUUGGGGGGGGGGAGAGUUUGUCUCUUAUUGUAUAGCAUUUUAAUUUAUAUUUGUUGAUUUAUUGUUAUUUUAAAUGCACAGCACAUUAAGAAAUAUGUAAUAUUGACAAAAAAGUAAGUAUUAUGUAAUAUUCUGCCUGAUUUAGUUGUAUAUUUAAAUUGUACACAGGAGUGUUCUUCUCUUUGAAACUUAAUAUCCAGGAGCUGCUGUUAUAUGGUAGAGAAGAAUCAAAUGGCAUUGUGGGAAUUGAUGUCUCCCUCCCAUUAUUUUAUUGUUUCUCUCAAAACCCUUUCAGGCAAACACAUAACUUUCAACGCUAAUGAAUAUUUAUUACAGUUAAUGAAGCAAUUUUUAAGAAGUCCUUUUCACGCUGAUGUCCAGCACUAGUGGUUCUGGGCGACGCAGGACUCUGGUGUGUGAUGUCGAGACAUUGUAGACAUUUUGAUUUGCAACGCAACCUCUCUUGCUGGGUGAGACGGGGCUUGAAUGACAGUGCGCCCGUGGGAAGUGAGUAUGUUUCAAAAUGCGGGUUAUGCUGAUCGGAUCGUUAAGGUUUCAGAUUGUUGACUAGAUCCUGUCAGGAGCUGAUCUAUGGGUCAACUGCAGUGUUAUAAGGGUGACAUAGCAGGAGGAGGGGGAACCUCGGGUCAAUGAGCCAGUUGUCAUGACAACCACGCCAAUUAUUUGCACCGCAAGAUGGAUGGAGAUGAUGCCCGGAUGCUACUUUAAUGUACAGUAAAGAGAUGCCUGUUUUUUAACUUUUACUUUUUAAAUGUUGUUGUAAAAGUUCUGUUCAGUGUACCCUGCUGUUUGUAUUUAUCUCUUUUAACCAUUACUUAUUAAUUGGUAUUCACAAUAAAACUAGGCCAAAUGUACAUAA